UUUCGCUUGCAAAUAUUCAUUCCUCCCACCCUCCCUUUCUCCUUUUCUCUUCAGCCUGCCGGCGUACGUGAGUUAGAGAGGGAGUGUGUGCGUAUGUGUGUGUGUGUGUGUGAGAGAGAGAGAGAGAGAGAGAGAGAGUGUCUGUGCAUCUCGGGACGUUCGUGUCUUUUUGAUUUGCACCAAAGAGAGGAAAAGCUGUUGAAGCUGCGCCUCGCUGGAGAAGAUGCACUCCACACGUUGUCAUCGGUAUCAUUCUUUUUUUCACGCGUUUUCAUCUUGCACCCAUCCGGUUCCUUCGGCAUGACUUCAACACCCCGUCUUAAAGACUUCACUUGCUUGUUACUGCAUACUCGGAUUGCGUCUGAAACGGAACAUGGGAAGCACCUCUGGAUGUUAACGAAGACAAAGAAGCCGAUUAAUAUUUCAAGAAAGCGCAUAGUGCUGCGCGUACUGCUGUAAUGCGAUAUUCAUAUUGAAAAAAACCAAGGGGGGCCAGAGCAAAGUUGGAGCACCGACAGCACACACACAUACAUAUAUACACACACACACACACGCACUGAUGGAGUGACCCGGUACCGAGGAAGCCCUGAAAACCUCGCCAAAGUGGUGAGUGAAAGAAGAUGAUGCAGUGGUCUACUGGAACUGGGAGCAGUCGAAUUGGUAGUAAAAAGGAACCAUAUGAGCUUUCUCUUCUAAUGGGGCUUGUGUCAUAGCCAGUGUAAACAGUGGAGAGCAGCAACAAUACAGGAGCUGGAUGUCUGCUCAUCUAGCUUCAAUAUUUUUUCUGGUACUGUGAGCCUAAGCUGCAGAAAUGACUGUGGUGGCAGGAGAUAACAUGGAUGAGACCUCGACCCUGCCAGGGCAUCCACAUGAUCCGUACCCGCAUGACCAUGAGGACCACGAGUGCUGCGAGCGCGUUGUCAUCAACAUCUCAGGUCUGCGCUUUGAGACUCAACUCAAAACACUUGCCCAGUUCCCUGACACACUGCUGGGCAAUCCCAAAAAGCGGAUGCGCUAUUUUGACCCUUUAAGGAACGAAUACUUCUUUGACAGGAACCGGCCAAGCUUUGAUGCCAUCCUCUACUACUACCAGUCAGGUGGGAGGUUGAGAAGACCUGUCAAUGUCCCUUUAGACAUGUUCUCUGAAGAGAUCAAAUUUUACGAGCUUGGAGUAGAGGCCAUGGAAAAAUUCCGUGAGGAUGAGGGCUUCAUUCGUGAAGAGGAGCGUCCACUGCCAGAAAAUGAAUUUCAGAGACAGGUGUGGCUCCUGUUCGAACAUCCAGAAAGCUCUGGCCCUGCACGUGGCAUUGCAAUUGUGUCAGUAAUGGUCAUUCUGAUUUCUAUAGUCAUAUUUUGUCUGGAGACCUUACCAGAACUCAAAGAGGAUCCACAGGGGCAUUUGCAAACUAUUGGGAACAGCACUUUCUACUACAAGCCAAACAUUUUCACAGACCCCUUCUUUAUUGUGGAAACCCUUUGCAUCAUUUGGUUCUCAUUUGAACUGAUUGUUCGUUUUUUCGCUUGCCCAAGCAAGGCAGCGUACUUUAAAAACAUGAUGAACACGAUAGAUGUAGUGGCAAUCAUCCCGUAUUUCAUCACACUUGGCACAGAGCUUGCUGAAGAUGAAGAGGGGAAGGAAGUAAAGGUAUCGGGUGAACAGGCCACAUCUCUGGCAAUCCUCAGGGUAAUUCGUCUUGUCCGGGUGUUCAGGAUCUUCAAACUGUCCAGGCAUUCUAAAGGACUGCAGAUAUUGGGGCAGACGCUGAAGGCCAGCAUGAGAGAGCUGGGCCUCUUAAUCUUUUUCCUUUUCAUCGGCGUCAUCUUGUUCUCUAGCGCAGUGUAUUUCGCAGAGGCUGAAGAGAAGGAAUCCUUUUUCACCAGUAUUCCGGAUGCAUUCUGGUGGGCUGUGGUGUCAAUGACUACCGUGGGCUAUGGUGAUAUGUACCCUGUGACCAUCGGAGGCAAGAUUGUGGGUUCCCUUUGCGCCAUUGCUGGUGUGCUCACUAUUGCACUUCCCGUCCCAGUGAUUGUGUCCAACUUUAACUAUUUUUACCACAGAGAAACAGAAGGAGAGGAGCAGGCACAGCUCCUCAAUGUGAGUAAUCCCAACAUUGCAUCCGACUCCAACUCCAGUCGACGCAGCUCAUCUAUCAUAAGCAAGUCAGAAUACGUGGAGACAGACGAUGAUAUGAAUAACAGCAUUGAUAAUUUUAGGGAGGCAAACCUGAGAACUGGGAACUGCACUCUCUCAAACCAGAACUGUGUGAAUAAGGGCAAGCUUCUGACAGAUGUGUAAUUCUUGUUCCACUUUUAUUUUCAAGAAACAACAAACAUGACGUAUUAAUAAUACGGGAAUGCUUUCUAUAGGCCUAGGUCAAUGCAUUAUUGCAUUGCAUUUGCUUUACCAAGACAAGGAAUACAUUCAUAUGCCACUGAAUUUCAAAAUGCUUGCAGAAAAUAAAGAUAUUGUGGAUAAAAAGGAGAUAAAAAUGCAGGUCCAAAUAGGAACUCAGUCCACCUGACAGUGUGAUCAUCAGGAAAAUAACUAGACAUGGAUUAUUACAAUAACAGACUGUCCACGGCAUCUGGAAUUGAGUUCCUAGAGCAUUAUGCAGAUUCUGAUGUGUUGUCUCAUUUUUGGGGGGAUAGGUGCUGUUGAUCUUGAGGUUCACAGAAAAAUGCACCUCAUUCUUAAUGGAAAAUCAUGGCUUCUAGCCAGUGCUGAUAUUUCUCCAUCAGAUGCUAAAACUCUUAUUCCUAUGAGAUCCUAUUCCAUGUGAAGAAAAGAACAUGGCUUUUGGAAGUGUAUAAGCAUGUUGAAAUAUUCUUUGGUUAUCGAUCAUGGCAUGCUCAAAUCAUUACCUCAAUAUUUUUUCUAUUCAUUUACAUAUUGCCCUCAGAUUUCAGACUUUGGUUUCGCAAAAUGCAGUGCUUAUUAUGUUUUGUUCCUGGUAUGGUUUGAGAAAUGAAUGUUUAAUCGUAAGGUUAGUGAAGGAGCAGUGAAGCUUUGAGGCCUACUCAACUCAGGUACUAUGUAUCUUGGUAUAAUUACAGCAUGGCACCAUUAUUAAAAGAUCAUAAUGGAUCUUUUUGUAUGUACUUGUAGAUUAAUACUGGGAUCCAUACUAAUUUCAACAAUAUAUUUUGAAAUAAUAUAGAAGUAUAUUGUAAUGGCAUUUAUUAACCAUGCCAUUACACUCUAAACAGUAUUACAUCUGCAGUUAAUGGGACAUGGAGGUGAAAUCAUACAGAUUAUAGAACUGGCAAUUAACAGAAAUUGUUUGUUCAUUAGGUCUUCGUAGGAUUCCAGGGUAUCUGAUGGUCAGUGAGCUGAACGGUUUUUAUAUGGGCUGAUUCAUUAGGCUAUACCUACACCUGUCAAUGCAAUGCUUUAAAGAGUCAAACAAAUGCAUUCAUGCUUGUCUUACCAACCUAAUAAGAAUCAGCGAACUUCUGAAAAGCCACUGCACAGCUCUCAUUAACUACCCUUUACUGCUUGCAACACAAUUAAAUUUUACAAAAUAUUAACCAGUCAACUUUACACAUACAAUAUUUAGUGUAUCUGCUUUGACAUCUAUGCUGUUUGAAGAUAUACAUAUAUUACUCAGUAUAUGUUGCAUAUAGUGCCUUUAACCCCUUUACUGACAGAAUUCUAAAAAGUGCCUCCAUGUACAAUAACAACAUCAGUUUUACUGUGCAACUCCUUUUAACUGUAUGAUGCAAUGUCAAGGACCAAUCUGAUUAUGAUUUGUACAAUAAUAGUCACAAUAUGCACAGGAAAACAAAGUUUGGUGUUUCUGAGUGCAUGACAAAUUUCAGAAUGAACAAAGGUUCAUCACAUGGCCUCAGUGUGGGCAGAACGUCAUGAUUUGAUGAUUGCUAAAAUCAAAUCUGUUUGAGAAGUUGUACAAGGAAACAGUUAGACCUCAGAAAACCAGUGGGAUAUCUUAAUUUCUGCCCUGUCAAACCUUGUACAUAAAACCUGGUCGAUGAGUUACUCUGAGAAACAGUCAAUGUUGUGUAGAGAUGAGUUAGAAAUAUAUAUUUUACAUCUUUUUGAUGUCUGUCCAUUCAUAUCUUUUAUUUAUUUAUUUAUUUAUUUAUUUAUUUAUUUAUUUAUUUAUUUAUUUUUAAGUGUUCGUCUACCUCAGUGUGGUCAUGUAUGGACUAAAAUCCCAGAAGCUUAACAUCCUGCUAGGCAUUCUACCACUGCCUUUUCAAACAGCUAUUAAAAGAACCUUUAUCUGCUAGUCUAUUCCAAAACAGUGUAAAGAUGUGUGACACUGUUAAAAUAAGUGAUCAGUUAUCUAAAUAUAAUCUGAAGGACCAUAUGUAUUCCGUUUUGCAAGCAAUUGUGUUAUUUUUAGCAGAUUUUUAACACUGCCAGGAAAUACAGCAACCUACUGCACA